UGGUUUCAGGAGAGCAGGUUUCAGGCCACUGCAAGGAUGUGCAAGACAAACUAAAGCAAAAUUUAUUUUAACCUAGGGUAGUACCAAAUAUUAUAUUACAAAAUUAAAAUACAACCAUAUACAAUACAUACAGAUGUACCUAUUUAAGUAGAAAUCUAUAUGAAUGCCCUGUAUUAUUCUACAGCAUGCGCCGCUGGACUGUAUAUGGUAUAGACUGAAAUGCGCUCAACAGAUAUCUACAUCUACGCAGUACUUUUAUAUGAACAUUGUAUUUGCCUUUUAUUAAACUAGCGCUUCGAAGUACUGUUGACACAUCUAUACUGUAUAAUUCAUAUUUAUAGAUUUCUAGAUAUUCUCUAUUGAAGAUAAAUCCUAAUGUUUUUUUUUUCCCGUUCUUUGAAAUUACAUUACAGUGCCUAUAUGGAGAUUCCAAAAAUUCUUCAGAAUAGGAAUUAUUUAGGAUGUGUUCAAGUGCGUUUCGUUUGCUCAAGCUUAUUUAGCAACUACAGCUACCUUCAUAAACUUCACAACUACAACUCCCGAAAUCCAUUGCAAGUGUCGCACGUAAAACGUCAAUUACAUUUUGCGAGUGAAGCUGCGUGCGUGACCGUGGAGACAGAGGACAUUGGAGUUGCUGAACUGUGCCGAAUUAAAUGAAGCGGUUUGAUGCAGUGAUUAAUAUUAUGCAGAAAUGACAUCACUAGGUUUAUCUAGAUCGUUGUGUCACACUCUGCAGUGCUAUACUGUUAAAAGAUGUAUUCCUAUGUCUGGUUAUACCUGUAAACAGUUACCUGUGAUAUGUAACCCUUGCGCACCAGCCACAAGAUCACACUCGUCUGAGAUAAAGCAAAGAACUUAUUGGCAGUACCUAAAACGUAAAGUGAUGAAGUCCUCUUCGCCCCCUUAUCAGCAUGUGUGCCAAGUUGGUGACCCAGUGCUUCGUUCGAAGGCAUCCCCAGUGGACCCUGUUGAGAUCUGUAGCCCACAAGUCCAGAAAGUGAUCCGAACUUUAAUCAAAGUGAUGAGGAAGCUGGACUGCAUGGGACUGAGUGCCCCUCAGAUUGGAGUCUCUCUUCAAGUGAUUGCUUUAGAAUUCACAGAGCGCAUGCUUCAUGAAAACCCUUUGAACGCUAGAGAGAUAAAGGGGCUAGCACCCUUCCCACUAAAAAUCUUUGUGAACCCCAGUGUUCGUAUUCUGGACUCUAGAACUGCAACGUUUGUGGAAGGGUGUGAAAGUGUCUCUGGAUUCUCUGCCUGUGUUCCGAGGUACCAUUCAGUGGAAAUCUCAGGUUUGAACGAAAGAGGGGAGCCUGUCUCAUGGCAGACCAGUGGCUGGCCAGCCCGUAUCAUUCAGCAUGAAAUGGACCAUUUAAAUGGAGUGUUGUAUAUUGAUAAAAUGGACAGCAAAACCUUUGCAAAUGUCAGUUGGAUGGAACUCAAUGAAUAAAAACCAGUAGACUUAUUCGUACAAUUGAUUUCAGCAGGGUUUUUCAUUUAUAUUGUAUACCAUGAUGAAAAGCCUUUUUUGAAUGAGAACCACAAGUAGAAAUUAGAAAACAGAAUGACGCCAUCUGUUGGUCAAAUUACCUAAAGAUAAAAGGUGUUAAAGAUGUAGCCCCUAACAUGUUUUAAUUCCUCACACUCUUUAAUAACUUCAAUGAUAUUUUCACAGUUCCCCCCCAAUGGAGAAGAUGACUGCGCUUUAGUGUUUAAAAAGAUGUUUCCACAUUUUCAAACUUUGGGGAGUGAAAAGGAUUUCAGGGGUAUAACACUGGAUUUCUUUUUAUUUUUUAUCCAACAUCUGAAAUUUAAAACCUUAGUCACUAUACCAUCAAACUUUGAAGAGUCACACACAAGUAUUGCUGUUUUACAACAUCUUUUUAAACUUUGUAACAUGCACUAUAUGUGCUUUAUUAGGUUUACAAAGUCAUGAAAUAUCCAGUGUAUUAUUAAUAUGUAGUUAAGUCUGUCACUGUAGCACACAUUUAGCUUCUCUGCUGCAAUAAAAAGAAACCUCUAGUGACACAUAGUGGCCAAAUGGGUGUGACCCCAUAUAUGUAUCACUGUACUCAGCUUAUAUAUGCUUCUAAUUAAAACAUGUCUGCAAUGCUAGGUAGUAGGUGUAUCAUUUGCAUUUGUAAAAUAAGGAUUAUGGAAUGCAGUGGUAACAGCGUUGAAAGUGGGCUCAACAAAUGCAAGCAUAUUAAUGACUAUCCAGGUAAGAUAUCUAUCACAGAAUAUGUAUAGGACAGAGGGAUCUUUUUUUAUUAUUAUAGGGAAGCUGUAGGAUAAACUUUAGUAGAUAAUCUGUUACCAAACUCUUGCAUUGCCAGGUAAAGUCACUGCAGCUACUACAUUGUACAAUUUUACCCAAUAUCGCAUGCAUGGCUUAGGAUGUUAAGAGUAUUACAACUUCAGAUAAGAACAUUUAGGUUGGAUAAACUGGAGAACUUUCCCUAGCAAUAACUGCAUAAGGGUAUUCUGUUCAAGUUCUCCAUAUAGCAUACAGUUCAUAAAGCUGCCUUGGAAUAGCAGCACAAACUACUGUAAAGUGCUCAAUACAAGGCACAGGAAGUAAACCACAAUAUAAACAGCAUUAGCUCAACUUGAAAGCAAUGCUUAACUGAUUGGGCAAUACAUCAUCAGUUGUACUAUAUACAGUAUCUGCAGUAGCCUUUUGCUGAAACUAUUAACAUAAAUCCAAAAAACACAUCAAAUUAGAACUUAUGUAAAACCAAUACUUAAUGUCUCCAGAUUUUGCACCUGAACUUUAACUCAGUAAAAUCAUUUGAUUUACAUAUAUUAUACAACUAAUACACCGUAAAUUCAAUGCAAGUCCCACCAAAACGCAGACAAAUUCUCAACCACAUGUUUUAUUUGUUCUGUCAGAAAGCAGCAAUUUAAAUACAGAUGUUCACUUGUCCUUUAAAGGAACAAAGAAAGCCUUCACCUGUAGCCUUUCGAAAGGGCAGCUAUCCGUGGGAAGUAGACAUGUUUCCAUUAGUUUAGCUAUAGAAGCUGUUGUAUACUUUUUAGUGAAAAGCAGCAGUCUCACAAUUCUUUAAAACCAGGUUUGGUACUUUGUGACGUGCCUUCUAAUCAUGCUGGCAUUCUUUUACAAUUAUGGUAAAAUGACACGGAGUGCAGAGUCAAAUAGACUGAAAUUGAAGCUUCAGAACUGUAGAGCUAUCUAUUGUGAAACAGCUUAGAAACGAGCCCUAAAAAAGCUGCAUUGUGAAACAAAGACUUGCCCUUUGUCACAAAAUAUACAUAAAUAAGAGUCCUUAGUCGUUCAAGUCGGAGUACUGUACCUGUAGUUAGCAAAGUCAGUGAGCUGGUUAUGUAGUGUGGAAGGGGGGUUCUUUUUAAAUAAUAAAAUUGUUCCAUCAGC